AUGCCAACAAACCGGGGAAGGGGCAUCAAGAAGCAGCUUUGUCCUUUCGCUGGAAUUAUCCAGAUCAAGUUUGAACGGGAGAAGGACGAGCAACGGAACAACUAUGAGCUGAGAUUCCAGUUAUAUGCUUCUGGCAUUGCGUGA